UCUUUCGCCAUCAUUCAUUCAAGGACAGUCACACUUUGAUGGCCUCCCUCAAAUCCCGCCCCCUCAUGAAUCACAUUUCUUUCUUAAAUUCAGAAUGUCUCCCAGGGAAAGCGGGGGCCUAGGACACCUAAGGACAGAGCCCCUUUUGUCUGUCUCACCUGGCUCUUUGCCUUUCUAUGCCUUGCGAUGUGACUGAAGUAAGUGGCAGCAGGGACGGCAGCUGUAUUUGCAAACAGGGGUCAGAAACUGAGGCACGCCUCAACAGUCUGGUAGUGGGAAUUCUGGAGGCAGGCCCAGAAGCCCAGCCGGAGGCCAGUGCCCCAUAUCCUUCUCUGGGCUGAGGUCUGCCUUGGUGGUCCGGGCCACAUGCUUUUAUUUCUGAUUCUUGUUCUUUCUCUGAAGCAGGAACCUGCAUCGCCUUUUAUGCAAAUCCCUAGGCCUGCAGGAGGAAGCUGGGUGUUCAUGGCUUCCCCCUCCUCCAGGGCACUGCAAGAGCACCAAGGUUCUCAGACUCCUUCAGAGAAAGCAGACUUAAUUCCAAACCUCCAGACUCCAGCUACACUCUCCUCGGAGCACACAGAAGCUUCCCAGGCUGGCCCCGGACCCUCGAAUUCCAUCUUCCUGGCUCCCAAUUCCCUGACUACACAUUUGUCUUCAGACACCCCUUCUUCUGUGUGGCCUUCCUGGCGAUCUGAUGGGCUCCAAAUGCUCCUGGAUUCUGAACCAUCUGUUACACUAACUGAAGUUCCAAGAGCUAUGAGGGCUGAGCAGGACCCUGCCUGGCUAUCAGGAAGUCCCUUCCCACUGGGAGAAUUGUUAGGGGAGACUGUGAAUUCAAUAGCGUCCACGGAGCCCAACCCGAGGGAGCCUGCCCGAGUCAGUGAGGAGCUUCCGAUGUUGAUAAGGCCCUUCAUGAGCAGCCUGGCUGAGGAGGGGUUGAUUUUCCACCAUGCCCCCAGGAGGCCUCAGGAGACACUACCUAUAAUUAAGGCUCAGGAGUCAGGGCAGAAUGACCAUGAUCCCCCUCCAGAGGGGGCCAGAGGGAACCUGGACCUGUCAACCUCAGAAUCAAACCAGGACAUGGAAGGACUGGGACUCACCGUCUCGCUGGGGACAGAUGCCACAUUCCCCACCCCAAGAGGGAGGCAGCCAGAUGCCAGGGUUCAUCUGGGGAUUGCAGGUCCAGAGCCUGCUGGGAGGCACAGGGUGGGCCCAGCAGCUCUCCAGACAACCUUCGCCAAGGGCCUUCUGGCUUCCACCGCGGAGAAGCCUUCUGGAGGAGGUGCAGACAGAACCUUGCAGCCAGAGUCAGCACCUACACAGCCCGAGGGCUGGCAUGAUCUGGGGGCUGCCCACGCCAGUCCCCUGUCUUCACAUACCCAAAACCUUCUGCUUCCUACAGAAACCAUAUUGCCCCGCUCUGGUGAGCCUGGAAACUCCCUCCUUGACGGUCAGGAGGCAAUGGAGUCCAGGUUGGCCCCUACCCCAGAGAGCCAUCAGCCUCCUGAGCUUUAGCACACAUGGAGGGGCGCUUUGAGAGGCCCCGGUGCUGAGGCUUUCUGGAGACUUCAGGGGUGAGUCAUAGGAGUGUCCGGGGAGGGGAAGCAUGGAGGAAGGGAAGGGCAUGGUUUGGUAUGCUCACACUUCCCAUCAGGAAGCAGGCUGGGACAGCGCAAGAGCCCUUAGCCUCCUUGAACUGGCCCAGCUAUGUUUUACAACUUCCCUCUAUUAAAUCUGGGAUGGCAUCUGGGCAGGGUGCUGGCCCUACAGCUGGGCCUACCCAUGUAUAGAGCUCUGGUCCCAGCGUCUCCAUUCUGGCUUUGUAACCUCAGUGGGGAGGACUAGCCUUUCUGAGCCUCAAUUUUCCCAUCAUUUGGAUGGAAAUGAUAUGAGUUUCUCCCCAGCGGGUUUAUUGAAGGGGGUGAACAAGGAUGACACAGUCUUGAGUGCAGAACCCUGCCCAAGCAUGCUGGGCACCCCAGGGGAGGAGGAUGGAGUGUCACUCCUUGGUUUUCUGCUCAUCACAUCCUGUGGUUUCUGUGGCAGCAGCAGCUGGUACCCUUCUGGCUUGGACAAACCCAUUGAUCUGCAGUGACCCAGAGCUCCCCAACUCCGUGGCCCAGUAGCCCAGUUGUGGCCAGGCACAGUGGCCUGGGCCGGAACCCCACUCAGUGCUUCCCUGAGAGGGCAGCAUCUCACCCGCUACCCCCACCCCAGGCCGACCUGUGGCUGGAAGUGGGAUUUGAAACGCAGCCAAGAAGAGGAGGCCAGCGGCAAUGCCAGCUCAGAAU